AUGGAGGACUUUGAAUAUUUUUCCGAAGAACCAGACUUCAACAUAACUAACGAAGAUAACCAGAACGUUUCUGAAGACAACAUCAUCAAUGCGGCCAAUCUUAUUCUUGGGUUACUAGGAUUAAUUGGAAAUUCGAUGGUGAUUAUUGCAUUUAUAAAACAGAAAAAACUUCAAUCAUCAACCAACAACUUUAUCGUAAGUUUGGCAGCCGCUGAUACAAUGGAUUCAAUAAUACUUGUAGUAUUCAUUUUAAUUUACAAAACAAAAAUGUUUACGAGAAAUUUCUGUUACUUUGCGAUGAGCUUAUUUGGAACUUCAGAAGUGGUGAUUUCAAUGACAUUGCUCCUUCUCGCUAUUUUACUUUUUUAUGGAAAAGCAUCAAACAAAUUCAGUUUAACUUCGAUUUUUAUAUUUUGGACAAUCGCAUCGUGUUAUGGAUUUUUUAAAACAAUAUUGAAUGCAACAUACGAAACAGCUUCUAUAUACGGUCACGAAGAUCAGUUUAUUUGUUUCGAGGAUUACACUAAUGUAACAAGAUUUAUAUAUUUAGGAAUGAGAGUUUUGUAUUUUUUGUUAAUUACAAUUGCCAUCAUUUGCUUUGCCUGUAAAAUUAAUACAAACGGGAAAACGAACAAAAUCAUUCCAGCUAUUUUGGCUUUGCAAAUCAUUUGUGCUUUUCCUGUACUCGCAAAUGAUAUUUUAAAUAUGACACCCUUUUACUUCUUAGCACCUCAUACAGUAAUUUUGAUUCUUUAUAUGAUGCAAACGAUCCCUCAUGUUUGCAGACCUCUUGUUUAUUAUCUCUUUGAAGAAAACAUUAAGAAAGAAUUUAAAAAAAUGAUUCCAUGUUGCAAAGCAGAUUCGAAUGCAAAUUUCGAUUUAGAAGAAAAAUCUUGA